AUGAUGAAGCGGAAUGGAAAUCUGUGGAGUUUAUGGGUAUCAAUGAAAAGAGAGACUGGGAAGAAGAAGCCCUACAAAUAUAUACCCAAGAACUCAUGGCGAAAGCGGGGCGAGUGGUCUUGUAGAUCACCGGGAAUACCGGAACUGGAUCAAGGGCAAGAGUCUGGUGAGGCUACAACGCGUCUGCCGGCACACACCACGGGCGAACGUCUUGAAAGCUUCAGCCAGAACCCGAAUGAUCGGAAUGGUAUCGACCGAGAAAGAUUUGGCUAUGAGGUUCAAGGGCUUGCAUCACCCUUGAUCUAUGUUUGUGUUACAUCAGAACUCGAAAAACCGAAUUCCGAGCUGAUACACAAUAGAGUGGAGCAAGCAGAAUUUGUUUGGAAUUUAUGA